AUGUCCAAGGCGACCUUCUUGAACCUGUGUGCCCGGCUGGCUCCGGCUUUGCAGCGCCAGAAGACGCGGAUGCGGAUCCCGCUGAGCGUGGAGAAACGGGUGGCCAUCGCCCUCUGGAAGCUGGCCACCUCUGUCUGCUACCGCGACGUCGGCAACCAAUUCGGCGUGGGCAGGUCCACCGCUGGCUCAGUGGUGUUGGAGGUCUGCCGGGCCAUUCAGAGGGUCUUGAUGCGCUCCACGGUGAACGUAGGGAACAACCUGGCUGAUAUCAUCCGCGGCUUUGAAGCCAGGGGGUUCCCCAACUGCGCCGGUGUGGUGGGCACCAGCCACAUGCCUAUCUUGUGCCCUCCUCACCAAGCAUCCGAGUACGUCAACACCAAGGGCUACUACUCGAUGGCCUUGCAAGCUCUGGUGGACCAUCAAGGGAAGUUUACCCAUCUGAGUGCAGGGUGGCCCGGCAAGACUCACGAAGCCAAGAUCUUCAACAAGUCCACCUUGUUCACCAAAGGGCAGGAAGGGACGCUUUUCAUGCCUGCUUCCAUGGAGAUCAAUGGUGUAUCGGUCCCUCGGGUCAUCUUAGGAGGGCCAGCCUACCCUCUCCUUCCGUGGUUGAUGGUGCCCUACGCUGAAGGUCUGGAUGAGACCAAGGAGGCCUUCAAUACCACGUUGAGCCGAUGCCAGGAACCCCUGGAAGAAGCCUUCAGCCGCCUGAAGGGCCGGUGGCGCUGCCUGACGGGACGCAACGAUUGUGCGGUGGAGAACCUUCCCCGCCUCAUCUCGGCCUGUUGCGUCCUGCACAACAUCUGUGAGGAGAAAGGAGAGGCCUACGAGGAGAAGUGGGAAAUGGAGGCUAGGCAGCUGGCCGCCACCUUCGAACAGCCUCUGCAGCGGCCUGAUACACGCAUUAAGCCCGCCGCACGGUCAGAGAAGGUGCGGGACACGCUCUGCAUGUAUAUCUCUGGCAAGAUAUGA